CCUUGAUCAUGGGCAUUUUGAGAGCGAUGAUUUAAAAUUUAAAUUGAACUGCUGUAAUUCCUUUCGAAAAUUGAAAUAGAAAUAUUAUUGGAUUAGAAAUUUGAAUUCACUAGAAUUUGAAUGACAGUGACAGUGGCAGUGCCAUUCCCCCGCCUACAUGGCUACCACAUCAACUACACUCUCUACGGCCGCCUCAUCCAGCGCUGCACCGACCUCCGCCUCCCGCGCCAGGCCGAGCAGCUCCACGCCCGCCUCAUCCUCACCUCCACCACCGCCGACAACUUCCUCGCCUCCAAGCUCAUAGCUUUCUACUCCAAGAACCGCCAGAUUUCCCGCGCACGCCAUGUGUUCGACCAAAUUCCGCACAAGAACACCUUCGCCUACAACGCCCUCCUCAUCGCCUGCACCGUGCACAACCACCACGCUCACACGCUGGAUCUCUUUGCCUCCUUGUUGUCUCGACAAGGGGAUCACGAUCGUUUCGAUUUGGCGGAUGUCAAGCCGGAUGGUUUUACAUUGAGUUGCGUGUUGAAGUCGAUGUCAGAGGUGGCCUUGGACGGGCCUCUUCCGGCUCGGAUGGUUCAUUGUUAUGUUGUUAAAUGUGGGUUUGAUUGUGAUGUUUACGUGGGGAAUGGGUUGGUGACUUACUACUCGAGGUGUGGUGAUGUGGCUUCGGCGAGGAGCUUGUUUAAUGAAAUGCCUGAGAGGGACUCGGUCUCUUGGAAUUCGAUGAUCUCGGGGUACUCGCAAGGUGGGUUCUUUGAGGAAUGCAAGGGUUUGUAUAAAAGAAUGCUGGAUUCGGAAGCUGUAAGGCCCGAUGCGGUUACUGCAGUGAGCGUUUUGCAAGCGUGUGCGCAGUCGAGUGAUCUUAUAACAGGGAUGGCAGUGCAUCAAUAUUUGAUUGAAAAUGAGGUUGAAAUGGAUCUUUCACUUUGUAACUCGAUCAUUGGGGUUUAUGCUAAAUGCGGUAGCUUGGACUAUGCUAGGCAGCUUUUUGAGGAAAUGAGUGAGAAGGAUGAGAUAACUUAUGGAACGAUUAUAUCUGCCUACAUGGUUCACGGGUUCGUUGAGGAAGCUAUGAGUGUAUUUAGGGGAAUGUGGAAGCCGGGAUUGAGUACUUGGAAUGCAGUUAUUUCGGGUAGCGUUCAGAAUAAUCAGCAUGAUAGAGUUUUAGAUCUAGUUCGUGAAAUGCAAGGUUCUGGUUUCAAGCCUGACGCUGUAACUUUGUCGAGUAUACUUCCAGCUAUUCCAUUUGUCUCACAUUUGAAAGGGGGAAAAGAAGUCCAUGCUUAUGCUAUUAAAAACAAUUACCAUAGGAAUAUCUAUGUGGUUACUGCAAUGGUUGAUGUAUAUGCCAAGCUUGGAUAUCUGAGGGGAGCACAGAGAAUAUUUGAUCUUGCACAGGAUAAGAGUGUGAUAGUAUGGACUGCUAUAAUCGCAGCCUAUGCAGCUCAUGGAGAUGCUAACUCAGCACUUAGUCUAUUCGAGGAGAUGCUAAAUAGCAAGAUAAAUCCAGAUGCUAUCACAUUUACUGCUGUUUUAGCUGCUUGUGCUCAUGCUGGGCUAGUGGACGAAGCUCGUGAGAUAUUUGGUUCUUUGCUGCCAAAGUAUGGAAUUCAGCCUUUGCCGAAUCAUUAUGCUUGUGUGGUUGCAUGCCUGAGCCGAGUAGGUAAGCUGUCUGAAGCAGUAGAUUUUGUAAAGAAAAUGCCUAGUGAACCUACGGCUCCGGUUUGGGGUGCUCUGCUUAGUGGAGCUUCAGAGGCUGGUGAUGUUGAGCUUGCUGAGUUUGUCUGUGAGCAUUUAUUCGAAUUGGAGCCUGAAAACCCAACCAAUUACAUUGUUAUGGCAAAUUUAUUUUCAAAAGCUGGUAGGUGGGAGGAAGCCGAGAGUGUAAGAGAGAGAUUGGCGAAGAGGGGAUUUAAGAAAGUUGCUGGCAGUAGCCGAAUAGAAACCUCUGGUGGCUUCGUGAGAGGAAGUGCUAUGAAUGAAAGAAGGGGUAAAAGUUGGUAAAUGUUUGCAAGAGUUGUUGGUUAAAGAAGGAGUCACAGUAACAACAUAAACCCAGUCCGAGGGCUAGGCUCACACACUUGGAGCGCUACAAAUGUUGAUGGCUAAAGAAGGCAUAUGAUGAUUGUUUGAAGGAAGUUAGUACGACAUAGAGUUCUCCAGUUCACUGAUGGUUGCAAAUCGGGGGAUUGUAGAAGAAAUGUAAUGGUGUCUUCUAGGUGCUAGCAAGAUUUCUAGAGGAGAUACUGUAACAACAAAUGAGAGCAGUCCUACUAAAAGUCCAGUUUGAGACUGAGAGCUCGGCUUGUGCACUUGAUGAUAAUUGAUGCAUCCAUGAGGUAUCUUGUCCAUUUUCUUGAUUUAGUUACUAUUUAAUGAAAACAAUCUCUAAGAAUUCAAUAAUACCAGAAGGAAAAAGUUAUAGCUUCGGUGA